GAGGUUGAAUAGGGUCGAUUUCUUUUCUCCUAGGACACGUCCAGCCCAUAUCACCAGUUACAAACCUCCCAAUAAGUAGAGCUCCCGUCUAAAUCUGGCCAGCACAUCCCUAAGACAGGAUAAAGCCACUACAAGCUCGGAUUUUUGCACUUUGCUUUAGAACCUCUGAUAAAAAUGGUAGAUGCUUUCUGUGCCACCUGGAAGCUGGUAGACAGCGAGAACUUUGAUGAGUACAUGAAAGCUUUGGGUAUGUGUCACAUCCCUUAAGCAGCAGAUUUGUGUUGAUCACAUCACCCAUGCCAGAUGAUAAGAUAUUCAGCAGAAUCUGAAACCAAAAUUGUUUGAUACACAUGCUGUGUUUGAGCAUCUUUACAAGGGAAAUGAUUAGAGGGAUUUUUAAAGCAAAGUCUAGGUAACACCAUUAUAGACGUAGUUAUUUUUUUUUAAGGCACUUUUAGACUAAAGUAAAUUCUCACGUCUGAUGCCAGUCUACAGAUUUAUUGUCUAAUAUUUGGCUUACAAUGCUAGUUGGUAGCUGUUAAACAUGAAAACAUAUUAUUUGGGGUUAAAAAUAAUAAAUGUAUUUUUUAUCUGCAGGAGUUGGCUUUGCCACCAGACAAGUUGGGAAUGUGACAAAGCCUACGGUUAUCAUCAGCAAAGAGGGCGAUAAGGUGGUCAUAAGAACCCAGAGCACAUUCAAAAAUACAGAGAUCAGCUUCAAGUUGGGAGAAGAAUUUGAUGAAGCCACAGCAGACGACAGAAACUGCAAGGUGAGUCUUAUGUUAAUAUAAUGUACAGCUAUCUAAGCCAGUUAGUGCUUUUAGCAGGUACAGUGUUUGUAUUGUAUGCACAAUGGUGAUUUCAGUGGGUAUUAUCCAUUUGCAUUACAACAAAAAAAGGGUAACAAUUACAUUUUUAUUCUCAAUUUUUUUGUAACUGCACAAUAGAGAACAUGAGAAUCAGUUGGGCCAUAUGUACUAAGAGAAGCGGUGAUAUUUUAGAGUAAAGUGCUAAAUAAAGUGCAAUCACUGAUAAAAGCAAACUGAAAUUUUCUCACUAUUUAUCACAGUGAACAGACUAAUCAAUGUAAAGAACUCUUUUACUAUAACAAUUAAUGCUGUUUGGGAUUUUAGGGGUUAAGCAUGUCUAUAAAUGAGUAUGUAGAGUAGAUGGCCAUGUGACAAGUGAGGCAGCGCAAGUCAUUCUGGAAAUUAGUUGAGAACUAAUUACAUAAUGUAUUAAGCUUAUUCAUCCAUUGAGUGCCAAAUUUGUAGUGAUUACUUCACUGGAAUGCAGGCAGUUACAAGAUGGCAAUGCUCAAAUCAGUGCAGAAAAGAAACAUAUUUUAAUUAAUAGGUAUUAUUGUAAAAAUAGAUAGAUAGAUAGAUAGAUAGAUAGACAGAUAGAUAGAUAGAAUGAGAACAGAAGAUGUACAGUGAUGGAAGCAAUAUUCUCUUUUAAUAUGUUCCUUGAAUUAAUAAGCAUUUUUAGACAGAUUAUAGAUCUCCUAGACUCUCUCUCCUAGACUUAAGAUAUAUGGAUAGACUGACAAACAGACAACAGAUCAAAUACAAUGAGGGAUGGGAUGUGGUUGGCCGAUGUCUAUAUGCCAUUGUCUUAUAACAACUUGCAUGGUAACCCUAAAAAAGAAAAGAAUUGGAUCCACUGGGAAUCCUUGAUGUAAAUUCUACCCUGAAACAAUCAACUGUGAAGUCCACCCAAGGCUGAUAUGAUUUAUUUGUAAAAUGAUAAUCUGUUUUUAACAUGAGUUGGAUAUAGCUGCGUUAAUUGGUGGUUGCUAUUUAGAGGUUAAAGGGACUAAAACACACCAGAAAUCUUUGUGUAGCUUAUCAUUAUGAUAUAUAAACAUCAUCAUUAACUUGGUAAUGACAAAUGCACAUAGAUGCUGUAAGUAAGCUGAGUGUGUCAGGAAAGCUGGUUAACUUACAGUACUAGCUCCUUGUGAAGAAUGACAAAUACUAUUUUAUUGCAGGUUCAUCUGACAGUCAACUGUAAAAACAUACUGAAAUUGUUUUUAAAGCAGCAGUAAAUUGUGAUAGGGAUCUUCAAAAUGAUUUGCAUCAUUUGGCAACACUGCGAUACAGCACAUGUACAUAGACACACCAUAGCACAUGGGUGCACAAGUAUAAAGACAAAUCCUAGUACAUGGAAAGACCAUAGCACAAGGGUGCACACAUAUAAAGACAUGUCCUAGUAUAUAGACACACCCUAGUACACAGGUGCAUCCUAGCAUGCACACAUUGACACACAAUAGCACUCAUAGAAGCAAGCACUAGCACUCAUGAAGUCACACACAAGACACAUAAUCACUUGUGAAAGGAUGCACAAGUACACAAUAAGUCACACACUAGCAGCAAUCCACAGAUGAACAUAAACAUACACAUAACUCAGGAACACAGCCUUCCUCACAAUCCCCGUUUUUGCUCACAGCACAUCAAACAGGCAGCUGGAUCUGGCCUAUGACCUCAUUACACCUGCUAACUGUUUACAUUUUACCAAGCAGUAGCGCUGACCAUAGUGCAGCAUGCAAUGCUGUCUUUCGAUGAUUAGAUGACAGCAUUCAAUGCUCUCUUUAGUUCCCAUAGACAAUAUGGUGAUAGACACUCAAUUGCGGUUGUCAUCACAAUCUCAACUGCUGGUACCCCACUCACCCUAACCAAAAGGAAUCCCUGCUGUUAUUGCAGAGCUUAUCAUAGCCAAACCAUUUUAAAUAUAGUUGCCAGAAUUAAGAAUGUAUGUUUAAUGCUACACUUGAAAGGAAUUCAUUUUGGCCCUCAGCGUAGGGUCAAGUACUGGUACUCUACUCACUCUACCCAAAGGGAAGCCUUGGUGUCAUUGUAGAGCUUGUCAUAAAAGAGAUAUUUUAAAUGUAGUUGUCAGGAUCAAAAAGAUAUAUGUUUAAUGUUAUGGUUGGGAGGCCUAGGUUAAGGGGUCUUAUAGUUAGGAUUAAGUUGAACCUUGUUUUAAGUGGACUUUGCAUUAGGUUGGAUAAGGCUUAGGGGAUCCUACAAUCAGACAGAAAUCUACUGACUUGUGUUAAUUUGUGAAUUCAAUUAAAAAUAAUGCCUGAUAUAGAAGUAUCUUACUUUUGUCAUUUAUAUCUCCACAAUAUUGAUUUGUGUAUGAAAAGUAUUAAAAGUUUAUUGAAGAUUUUGCUUACCAGAUUUCAUAUCAUCCACAGCAUUGGUUUUCAGUCUUUUUGCAAUCAUGUUAUGCACAAUUCUAGGGAAACGUCAUUUCCUAUGGAAAGCAAAUUAAUUUAUCUAAUUUCUGGUCCAUAUUUUUGCACUUUUCCCUAGAACUGUUCUCACUUCUUAAUGCUUUAGUGAGUUAAAAAAAAAAAUCAGAUGUUGGAUUUGGAGUAUGCAUACCAUAAAGUAGAACGUUUUUGAAAUCUAAGGACAACCUUGCUUGAAACAUGUUUAAAAAAAAUAAAAAUUAUUACCGUAUCUACUCGAGUAUAAGUCAACCCGAAUAUAAGCCGAGGCCCCUAAUUUUACCACAAAAAAAUGGGAAAACAUAUAUAAGCCUAGGGUGGGAAAUGCAGCAGCUACUGGUACAUUUCUAAAUAAAAUUAGAUCCCAAUAAAAUUCCAUUAAUUGAAUAUUUAUUUACAGUGUGUGUAUAUAAUGAAUGCAGUGUGUGUGUGUGUGUGUAGUGCGUGUAUAUAAUGCGGUGUGUGUUCGUGUGAAUGCAGUGAGUGUAUAUAAUUCAGGGUGUGUCUAUAAUGCAGUGUGUGUUUGUGUGAAUGCAGUGUGUGUAUAUAAUGCAGUGUGUGUGUGUGAAUGCAGUGUGUGUGUGUGUGUUUGUGUAGUGUGUGUAAACUGGGUGAAGGGAGGGCAUUUUUAUUAUUUUAAUUUUAAAUUUUAAUAUUAUUAUGAUAUUUUAAUAUUAUUAUUAUUAUAAUAGUAUUAUUAUUAUUUUAAUAUUAUUAUUUUAUUUUAAUAUUAUUAUUAUAUUUUAAUAUUAUUAUUGUAAUAGUAUUAUUAUUAUUUUAAUAUUAUUAUUUUAUUUUAAUAUUUGUAUUUUUUUUAUUUAAUUGUUUUUUGUCCCCCCUCCCUGCUUGUUGCCUGGCCAGGGAGGGGGGCUAUUUUAAUCCCUGGGGGUCCAGUGGAUGGGCUGUGCAGUGGGGGGGGGGGCUGACAGAGAGCUGUUACUUACCUUCCUGCAGCUCCUCCAUGCAGCUCCCCUGUCAGCUCCGUUCUGCUUACAGUGUAAGUCUCGCGUCUGCAUGCUGCGCGGAGCGUUGCCACGGUAACCCGUGGCAACGCUCUGACGGCCGCGGGUGUCGCGAGACUUACACUGUAAGCAGAAUGGAGCUGCAUGGAGGAGAAGGGAGCCGACAGGAGCUGCAGGAAGGUAAGUAACAGCUCUCUGCCAGCCCCCAACAGGACCGCCGGGCUUGUAAUGAGCUCGGCGGUCCUGGUCUGUAUUAUGGCAAUGUAAGUUGCCAUAAUACAGACAUUGACUUGAGUAUAAGCUGAGUGGGGCUUUUUCAGCACACAAAAAAAUUUGCAGAAAAACUCGGCUUAUAUUCGAGUAUAUACGGUAUUAUUGGUAAAAAGCUUACAACACAUUUCAGUGAAGAGAAAAUUUUUACAUUACUACAAAAUAUACAUUGAGAAAAAUUCAAAAAAAAAAAAAAUCUUAGAUGGCACCCAUGGACAAAAAUACACACAUUCAUACACCCACACACUCAUAAGUAUACACUGACUCAUACAUCUUCAUACUUAAAUCUAUCAACACACACACUUAUUUAUUUUUAUUAUUCUUAUUAUAUAUAUAUUUUUUAUCAGUGAGUUACAAUCCAACAUGUAAUUUUUCUGGGUGCCUAUUUGAAUUGACAAAUAAGGAGGAUAUGUUGACAUUGUUAACAAUGUUAGAGUUAUUACGUUUUUAAAAGGUGUUGUGGGUGAGUUGCUACUGUGUGCUAUAAAAACUGGGAUCCUUCUCAUUCUUUCCUCUAGAAAAGGGACAUAUAAAAACUCUACCUUUUAAAUAUGGAAGGGUGAUACACUAAAUAUACCUGGGGUUUAAAACCCUUGUGUAUAAAUGCACUGCCUCAAUAUGGACACAUAAAUGGUCAGAAACAAGGUAAGCAGCAGUUCAUCAUGGUACCCAUAUUCCACUUCAUAUGAAGUGAGAGGUUAGCCAAAUGAUGGUAUCUGCUGCCAUCUAGCUUACUAUGAGACCUGGGUGGUUUUUGUAUAUUUAAAGGCCUCUAUUUCUAAAUUAAAAGAUCAUGGUGAUCUUGGGAAAUACUCAUAGUGAAAAAGAAAUCUAGAAGACUCCUUUAUGGUAUAUUAGCCAGAUAUCUCAUAGCAAUUCGAAUGGACAGGAGGGAUAAGCCAUUGCAUAGUUACUUAGUAUUGUCAACUUUCUGUGCAAAAAUAGGGAGGACCAUAUAUUGGUUUUCUCAUUGUUAGUAGGGGGUUGUGCUUUUGAAGAGACUGAUAAAAUUACACAUUGUUUUUAAUAAACUCAUAAUAUUGCUUUGGGUUCCAUGAUCUUGAAUUUUGUUAGAAAAACAAUCAUCGCAAAUGAUAGCAUACAUUUUACUACUCACUAUUUAUUAUUUGAAUGCUCUGUUUUUUUUCAUCAUUAAUGUUAACCGAUUAUUAAGGGGGUUGAUUUACUAAGUAAAUUGAGGGCAAUAAUAUAACCAUUUUUUAAAAUUCUUUCUUGUCUUUAUUAACAGUCUACUGUAUCCCUUGAUGGGGAUAAGUUGGUGCAUGUUCAGAAAUGGGAUGGCAAAGAGACAAAGUUUGUCAGGGAAAUGAAAGAUGGAAAAAUGGUUAUGGUAAGUAUUAAAGGAUAUAGUUAUUUGGAAUUUUUCUUAUAACGUAAGUACCAACCUUAAUUCAGAACUGUUGCUUCUCUGAGAGUGAAAAUUUGUUGUUCCCUCAACCUAGUAAAUAAUUUGGUGUGGUGAGUAAGUCAAAGGAGGCAAGUAAAAAACACACUUAUCUCUACUGCACUUCUGAAUUCUGGGUAUCUUUUUCCAUCCAUUAUGGAAUGGGUGUGUUCCAUUAAUUUACAUGCGGUGCCUGGUGUGUUUGGCAUAACAUUCAAAUUAACAAAACGUAACAAGUGAGACUUAUAAAUAAAUAAAUACGAAGUACAAGCCAUAGCAAUAUUUAGCUUGCCAUUCGGUUGUUCAAAAAUCUCACAUUUGUCAAUUCAGCUUUAAAUAGACUUUGCCAUAAACAUGAUGACAGGGUGCAAUGUUAAUGUUUAAACACUGCAUGUAAAACAUAGCAAUUUUGUAGAAACUGUAAUGUUUACAGUGCAGUGUUACACUAGAAAAGGAAGCCACACUCAUAUAAACAGUAUUAGGGUGCUCUUGAACAAGGGCUGGCAAUCCCUCAAUGUCAUUUAGUCAGAAGUAAAAGGUGGUCCAGACACUCUAUCAAUUAAAGCAGCUUUAUUGGUCUUGAACAGACAUUGAAAUUUUACGGCCCACAAUAGAGCGUUUGUCAAGCUUGACAAAGGCCAUGUUGUGGGCCAAAAUGUUGCAAUGUCUGUUCACGACCAAUAAAGCUGCUUGAAAUGAUAGAGUGCCUGGACCACCUGUUUCUUCUGACUCCAAUGCAGGGUUAAAACACAGUAACUAACAGCUACUAGCGGCAUUCCCCCUGUGAGUCAGGUUCCCAAAUGCAGCUACUAAAAAAUAAUUUGCCAUGCAUAUGCACUAGCCUCCCAAUGAUGAGCGUCCCAACCAUGGAGGCAGGGCAGCCACAGCAAGACCAGUGAGGGAGUAAAGGUAACCUUAUUUCUUUUACACUUUUUACAUUUAUGAUUAUUUCUGAAUUUUAUUUGUUCUUCUGCAAUUAUAUCUGCAGAGAUCAGCAAGUGGCUGAGAUAACCAAUGCAUUUCAGUGGGAGACAUGUUUGUAACCAGAUUACAGACACAGCAUCAAGUAUCAAUUUUAAAACUGCUACAUAGAAAAAUACAUUUAUUAAAAUAUAUAUUGUACGUUUUAACCCCUUAAGGACACAUGACAUGUGUGACAUGUCAUGAUUCCCUUUUAUUCCAGAAGUUUAGUCCUUAAGGGGUUAAACAUAUCUAACACAAUCAUUGCCACCAAUACAUCAUAUUAUUCCAUAAGUUUUCUACUUGUGUUUUUUCUUUCUAACAAUAACUAUUGUUCUUUUCUCAGACUCUUACUUUCGGUGACAUUGUAUCUGUUCGUCAGUACGAGAAGGCAUAGAAUCUUCCUGCCCACGCUGGUUAUUCAAUUUCCAAGACGGAUGGAUAAAUUCUGUGACAGACAAUUUCUGUUCCAUCUGUGACAAUAAAUUGACAUGCCCCUGAUCGUUGUACACUACCAAAUUGAUAUAUCACAGUAUCUUUACUGUGGGCCAGUAUGAAACAACUUUUUAUUAAAGCUAUAUAAUAAAAAUACUUGUCUCGUAAUAUAAUUUGAG